AUGCCAUCUAACAAAGAUCGUCUGUAUGUUGCUCUUUAUGAACCAAGGUACCACUGGGCCUUGAUUGUAGGCCCAAAAGUUGGAGAUGAGGGUAGUCUGGGGGUCCGUUACCACGCAAAGGAAAGGCCAAAAGUUGCAGGGGUUUCUGAAUGGUUCUUUGAGGAGAGCGAGUGUACACCUGCCCCUUCUAGCAUGUUGCUUGUUCGUAUAAUGAUUGGCAAGGUAGCAGAUGCAAAUCGCCUCGUUGGAAUUCUGCAGAAUACGCCUAUUCGGCAGGGCCAUCCAGGUUGGAACUGUGUCUUCUGUGUCAAGGAGGCUCUGGAAAAGCUCAAGGUCAAUCCCAGCGCUUUAGGCACGAGUGUCGACGACUGGGAAACGGUGCGCCGCGAGGCGAUAAAUUAUUGUCAACGGAAGAAAGAGCAGCACCGUUUCGAUGGCCAGGGUGACUUUAAUAUGAGACAGGCUCCAACCUAUGACUUGAUGGAGCGGAAGGAGAUCAUCGUGUGA